CGGAACUAUUAUUAUAGUGUGUGUUGCUAGGGGAUAGAUUACCGAGACGUGCCAUACUGUAAACACCAACGACAGACGCGCCGCGCGCAGCAUCAUCUCUGACACAAGCAUGAACGUGAACCAGGGGACGGUGGGCAGCGACCCAGUCAUUCUCGCCACUGCUGGAUACGACCAUACAGUUCGCUUCUGGCAAGCUCACAGCGGCAUCUGCACCAGGACGGUGCAGCACCAGGAUUCCCAGGUAAAUUCACUUGAGAUUACACCUGACCGGAGUAUGAUUGCAGCUGCAGGUUAUCAACACAUCCGCAUGUACGACUUAAACUCAAACAAUCCCAACCCAGUAAUUAACUAUGAUGGAGUCAGCAAGAACAUCACAUCUGUGGGAUUCCAUGAAGAUGGACGCUGGAUGUACACAGGAGGUGAAGAUUGUAUGGCUCGCAUAUGGGACCUGAGAUCAAGAAACCUUCAGUGUCAGAGAAUCUUCCAAGUAAAUGCUCCAAUCAACUGUGUGUGUCUUCAUCCCAACCAGGCAGAGCUGAUUGUUGGAGAUCAGAGUGGAGUAAUUCAUAUUUGGGAUCUCAAGACUGACCACAAUGAGCAGCUGAUUCCUGAACCAGAGGUCUCAAUCAACUCAGUUCACAUUGACCCAGAUGCCAGUUACAUGGCCGCAGUCAACAGCUCGGGGAAUUGUUUUGUCUGGAAUCUUGCUGGAGGCAUUGGAGAUGAAAUGACUCAGCUCAACCCUAAGACUAAAAUCCCUGCACACAAACGCUACUCUCUCCGUUGCAAGUUCAGCCCUGAUUCAACACUUUUGGCCACCUGCUCAGCAGAUCAGACGUGUAAGAUCUGGAGAACAUCCAAUUUCUCGUUGAUGACUGAACUAAGCAUCAAGAGCAACAAUCCUGGAGAGACAUCAAGGGGCUGGAUGUGGGACUGUGCCUUCUCCGGAGACUCCCAGUAUAUUGUAACUGCUUCCUCAGACAACCUAGCUCGUCUGUGGUGCGUGGAGACCGGAGAGAUCAAGAGGGAAUACAGCGGCCAUCAGAAGGCCGUGGUGUGUCUCGCUUUCAACGACAGUGUGCUCGGCUGAGGAGGAGAAAUCAGACCAGAAGCAAUGACACUGGGGAUGGCGCAGUCGCUGCAUCAGUGAAACAAUGUUAGACAAGCAGCAAACUCUUUCCAUGAAGGUGUUUAUGUGUCGACGUCAGUGGGACCUACUUGCUCUUAUAUUAAGUGUGAAUGAACAAUAAUAUGGCUCUUCUUGCCAUUUUCCUGUGAAGUGUUCAGUCAGAAGAAAACACAUGGUAGUGAAAAUCAACUGCCCUAUAAAAGUCCUCAUAAAAGUUUAAAUUCAAA